AAUUCAUCUUCUGACUGCGCAGUACGUGCAUCGGAAAAUCGAGUGCCUCAACAAACGGACAAACGGACGGUCGGACUUUGAGUAAAUAUUCGAACGACUGUUCAAAGUAAAAAACUCGAAGAUGAACAGUUUGUUCUCAUAUUUUCUGUUAUGUUUGGUGGUUUUGCCAGUGAUACAUGCUGUGCCCGUACGUAUGAAACCAGACCUGACCGUGAGAGACAGUGGGAUUAAUAAAAGAAGUGUGACUGAAGAACCUGUCGCAGCUGAUUUAGAGGAAGUGAACAACAAUGAAACAGCCACUGAAGGAACAGUAAACAGUGACCCUGUGAAUGCCGGUUUAAUAGAAGAUGAACUGGCCGAAUUGGAUGAGCUAUCAGAUAAUCCAACUAAUGGAUCUGACAUUAUCAUCGCUGAUUAUCCUCCAUAUGAUAGUUGGUUGAUACCUGAAGAUCAAAAGUUUCCACAAAGAAAAGGUCAUGGCGAUGUUCAACCACACAACGGGAAUGCUAUGGGUGUAAUUCGUCAGCCGGGGAAAUUUGUUAUUAUUAACCCUGGUCCCGAAAAUGCUGAACCAAAAUUACCACCAACAGAUCAAAAGUCACCAAAUGGAAAAGGUUAUGGCAACGUUCAACCACACAAUAGGAAUGGUGUGGGCGUAAUUCGUCAACCGGGCAAAUUUGUCUCUGUCAACCCAGAUCCUAUAUUCAUUGAACCAACAGCAGAAUAUAAUUAUCCUGUGCACCAUAAAGAACAACCUAUGGGGUCACCAUCAGCUACUGAAGAAAGUCCAAUUUCUUGGUAUCCAGGUAUGAAGCAGCCGAAGGUGCCCAAUCAGGGUAAUAUUUGGUUGACACCUAAAGACCAAAAGUUUUUAAAUGGAAAAGAUCACGGCAAGGUGCAACCACACAACGGGGAUGGUAUGGGCGUAAUUCCUCAACCGAAAGUACCCAAUCAGGGUGAUAUUUGGUUGACACCUAAAGAUCAAAAGUCUCCAAAUGGAAAAAGUCAUGGCAAUGUUAAACCACACAAUGGGAAUGGUAUAGACAUAAUUCGUCAACCGGGCAAACUAGUCAAUCCAAACCCUAUAUUCAUUGAACCAACACCAGAAUAUAAUUAUCCUGUGCACCAUAAAGAACAACCUAUGGGGUCACCAGCAGCUACUGAAGAGAGUCCAAUUGAUUGGUAUCCAGGUAGAAAACAACCACAAGUGCCCAAUCAGGGUGAUAUUUGGUUGACACCGAAAGAUCAAAAAUCACCAAAUGGAAAAGGUCAUGGCAAUGUUCAACCACACAACGGGAAUGACGUGGGAAUAUUUCGCCAGCCUGGCAAAUUUCUUCCAAUUAAGCCAGAUCCUAUAUUCAUUGAACCAACACCAGAAUAUAAUUACCCUGUUCACCAUAAAGAACAACCCAUGGGGUCACCAGCAGCUACUGAAGAAAGUCCAAUUUCUUGGUAUCCAGGUAUAAGGCAGCGGAAGGUGCCCAAUCAGGGUGAUAUUUGGUUGACACCGAAAGAUCAAAAGUCUCCAAAUGGAAAAGAUCAUGGCAAUGUUCAACCACACAACGGAGAUGGUUUAGACAUAAUUCAUCAACCGAAAGUACCCUAUCAGGGUGAUAUUUGGUUGACACCGAAAGAUCAAACGUCUCCAAAUGAAAAAGAUCAUGGCAAUGUUCAACCACACAACGGGAAUGGUAUCGACAUAAUUGGUCAACCAAAAGUGCCACAUCAUGGUGAUGUUUUGUUGAAACCUAAAGAUCAACAGUUUCCAAAUACAAAAGGUUAUGACAAUAUUCAACCACACACCGGGCAAGACGUUGGUGUAAUUCGCCAGUCAAACGAAUCUGACAUUAUCAUCCUAAAUCCGAAUUCCACUGAACCAACACAAGAAGAUUAUUCCGAACAGCAUAAACAAGAGCCUAUUCAGUCACCAAUGGCUAAUGGAGAACAUUUAAAUGCUUUAAAUCCUGGUAAAAUGCAGCCGAAAGUUCCUCAUAUUAAUGCGCCCCCAAAUGGAAAUCCUCAUAGCAAUGUUCAACCACAUGGGGUUGGCGUAGUUCUUCAGUCAAACGAAUCUGACAUUAUCAUCCUCAAUCCGAAUUCAACUGAACCAACACAAGAAGAUUAUGUUUCUGAACAGCAUAUAAAACAGCCUAUCCUGUCACCAAUGGCUACUGGAGAGAAUUCAAAUGCUUUGCAUCCUGGUAGAAAGCAGCCGAAAGUGCCCCAUAUUAAUAUUCCCCCAAAUGGAAAUCCCCAUAGCAAUGUUCAACCACACACAGAAAAUGGGGUUGGCAUAGUUCGCCAAUCAAACGAGUCUGACAUUAUCAUCCUAGAUCCCGUUUUCAUUGAACCAACUCCAGAAUAUUAUUAUCCUGAACAGCAUGGAAAACAGCCUAUCGGUUCGCCGGUGGCUACAGAAGAGAGUCCAAUCGCUUGGCAACCUGGUAGGGAUGAGCCGAAAGCGCCCAAUAAUAAGUCUCCAAACGAAGAAGAUCCUAGAAAUGUUCAACCACACAAUGGAAAUGAUAUGGGCGUAAUGGUUAAUUAAUCCCUCUCCCCUAUAUUCAUAGAAUAAUUCUUACACAUGUGAUAAUUUGUGGUGCAAAGUUUAUAUAUAGCUUUGCGCAUAUUUGGCAGACCUAAUGACUUCCCAAUUUCUAGACUAGAUUAUACCCUUUAUAAUGUUUAUGUAUAUUACGGAUCACAGAUUUCUCAUGUGAGUGCGUAUAAUAAUUCAUCAUGGCAAGUAGCAUAUGCAAUCUGGCUUACAUUGUUUCGUGUUAGGGGGAAUCGUUAAAGGGCGGUGGUCGUUGCGCCGCGUCUGAUUCGAUAUGAGACGUAUACAACGCGUGUAAAAUACAUUGUUUGUUUAUAUUAAAUUCAAACACGCGCUGCGAGACGACCACCGCUCUUUAAGUAAACUGAGUGAUAUUAUACAUCAAGUAGUCUAACGCUGCUACCGAUGGAACCGAUUUUAGGAUGUUUUGGAUUUGUUUGUGGCCACUCUUAGAACUAAAACAAGUGAGCAAACAACAACAACAACAACAAAACACAAACACGUGAUUGUACGAUGGUGUUUGCUCUGUGUCACAUAUUUGAAAUAUAUUAGUAGACCUUUUUAAAGAUUACUUUUUUAUCUAAUGGUAUAUUUGUCAGUGCAUAUAAGUUAUGGAAUGAUGUUGCAUUACUUGAUGACUAGCUAUAUGUUAUGCUUAUUUUUCGAAAAGUGCUACAUUUGUAGCUUUCUAUACAAUGUUCCUUAAGAGAAAAAAAAGUUUAUAUUUUCACAAUUCACUCGGAAGAUGUAUUUGAUCAUAUUUAACUUUUUGUAAUUUAUUGAGAAUAUAUGUUAUUGUCUUGUGUCCCUACCUCUGGCGAUUAUCGCGAUGCAUUGUUUGACUGAUUACUUCUUCCGGGAUUAAUGGUCAUCUGUAUUGCGUGAAUUCUAACUGUAGAUUGUAUUUAUAGUAUUUUCUAUUUCAAUGUGUAUAUAAUAGUUUGUACCCUAUUCUUCUGAAAGAACUUAUACAGUCACAGUUUCAUUUUGCAUAUAGAAACAAACUUAUAGGUGAACGAUUGUAUUGAAGAAUCUGAUGUUGUUACGUCUAAUAUGUUAAUGAACUUGUUAUAUGUUAUUAAAAUUGGUGUAUAGAAGUGUUAA